AUGGCAAAUGAUACGAAUGCAUAAUUGAUGGACAAAUACAUAAAUGGGGAAAGAAAUGUCGAUUAUAUUUCUCAAUAAAAUGUUUAAAUUGUGGAUCGAGAUACGUUAUCGAAAUCACCAGAAACUCUUUUUAAUAAUUUGAAAUACUUUUUAUAUUCAUUUUUUAUUACAUUUAAUUGCGUCACCAUAUCAUUUAUGCAUGCUAAUUCUUUCUUAAUGAUAUAUGUAAUAUUAAUCUAAAAACACGAAUAUUUUCAUUCAUUUUUGUUUAAAGAAAAAUUUAGUUCCUGAUUCGAAAUUUUAUCUGAAAUCUAUUUUCGUAUUUUAUCUUUCAUAUAUGAUCGAGGAAUUAUCUAUAGUAAAGAAUUUUCAGAUCUCAUUGUAUCUUGUUACUCAAGGGUUUACCGAUGUUUUCGCGAUGAGCCACGGCGAAGGUUAAAGCGUUUACAGAGUGAAAUUAUUUUGAAGUAUAAACAAAGAGGUUAAUUUAUUAAAAAAAAUUACAACAUAUAAAAUGUCUUCCUCCGAUUUAAAGAAUUGGCCAAUUUUUAGCUUAUUAGAACCUAAAUUCAUUGCCAGUAUUCAAAUGGCCGUAGUAUAUGGUAAUUUAGGUAAUGAAGCUUUAAUUGUAACAAAGGAUGGUAUGGUAUAUGGUUUAGGGUGCAACAUUACUGGUUGUCUUGGAACAGGAGAUGCCCAUAGUACUCUUCAUCCUAAAAAAGUAGAAGCCCUUUGUGAAAAGGGUGUAAAAACUUUUGCUUAUGGCAGUGGUCCUCAUGUAUUGGCACUUACAAAUAAAGGAGAGGUAUAUUCUUGGGGACAUAAUGGCUUCUGUGAAUUGGGUAAUGGAUCAUCAAAUCAUGGAUUGGCUCCAACUCAUGUAGGAAUGCCUUUGAGCGAAAAAGUUGUGAUAGACAUUGCUUGUGGAAGUCAUCAUUCUCUUGCUCUUACGGAUGAAGGAGAGGUUUAUGCGUGGGGACAAAACAAUUGUGGACAAGUAGGUAGUGGCAUCAGUUCUAAUCAAAGUGCACCACGAAAAAUUAAUUCCGCUUUAACUGGUAAAAAAGUUGUGUCUAUCACUUGUGGACAGACUUAUAGUAUGGCAGUUACAAAUAGCGGUGAAAUUUAUGGCUGGGGUCAUAAUGGGGUUGGGCAAUUAGGAAAUGGAAGCUAUACCAAUCAAUUGAAUCCAUGUAAAGUUACAAGUUUAGUAGGAAUAGUUAUAGAAAAAGUUGCUUGCGGUUAUGCACAUACACUAGCAUUAAGUGACGAAGGUGUUCUUUAUGUUUGGGGGAGUAAUAGUUACGGUCAAUUAGGCCUUGGUAAUAAAACAAAUGCUUGUGUUCCUAUGAAGUUAUCUGUACCAGAAAUGGGACGAGUAUCUGAUAUAGCAGCAUUGCAUUAUAAUCAUAUAAGUGUUGCAAUUGGAGAAGGACAUAGAGUAUUCAUGUGGGGUCAAUGUCGUGGACAAAGCAUUACAGUACCAACACCUACCCCAUUAGCACAUUUGCAUGAUGCUUUGGCCUGUUAUGCAUCUCCAAGCGUAAUGCAUCGCCCACUAUUUCUUUAUGCAGCAGAAGAGAUGAGUAUUGUGGAUUGUUUGAGACAGGCGUUUGAUGAUUCUACAACAAGUGACUUGACGAUACAAGUGCAGGGUAAACCUAUUCAUGUUCAUAAGGCUGUGUUAAAAAUACGAUGUCAGUAUUUUAGGACGAUGUUUCAAGAAUGUUGGACAGAAAAUAAUCAGAGCGUUAUUCAACAUGAUCAGUUUUCUCAUGACGUUUAUAAGUCAUUUUUGAAAUAUCUGUAUACAGAUGAAGUUGAUCUUCCUCCUGAAAAUGCAUUAGAAUUAUUAGACUUAGCAAAUGUAUAUUGUGAAACGCAAUUGAAAAGACGAUGUGUUCAAAUAAUUAAACAGGGAAUCACUGUUUUAAAUGUGGCUUUCUUAUAUAGCACAGCGAUCGAAUACAAUGCUCAAGAGUUAGAAGAGUUUUGCUUUAAAUUUGCUUUAAAUCAUAUGACUGCUGUAAUACAGACGCCUAAUUUUGCUAAAUUGGACGAAACGACAGUGAAAACAUUUAUAAUUAAAGCUGCCCAAGCAGGAGCUUUUAAAACAUGAAUUUUGUGAUAUGAAUGAUCUUGUCAUUAAAAUAGUAUAAGAUUCAGUAUAACACGUUGACAUAAGGUAAUGAUCCUUGCAAUAGCCUUUUUAUACGAAAGCAGGGAAUCGUAAUCAGACCAAAUAAUUAUUU